CACACACACACGUACAGUACAAUUGCAGAAGAUUCAAACGGAGGAGAUAAAUCAACCAUGCACCCGUUCAAUGCGGUGGCGUUGUUGUCCGUCGCGAUCAGGAACAGCGGCGGCGCCGUCGGACUAGGUACGGAGAUUGAAUUCGGUACGGUCUGGUGGUUCGUCUACGCCGGAAUUUCGUGCGCGCUGGUGCUGUUCGCCGGAAUAAUGUCGGGAUUGACACUUGGCCUUAUGUCAUUGGGCCUCGUCGACCUCGAGAUCCUCCAGCGCAGCGGCACCCCGUCGGAGAAGAAGCAGGCCGCCUCAAUAUUCCCGGUGGUUCAGAAGCAGCACCAGCUUCUUGUGACACUGCUUUUAUUCAAUGCUGCCGCUAUGGAGGCACUUCCGAUAUACCUCGACAGGAUAUUCAAUCAAUAUGUUGCCAUUAUACUGUCUGUUACGUUUGUCCUAUUUUUCGGAGAGGUUAUUCCUCAAGCCAUAUGCACUCGAUAUGGACUUGCUGUAGGUGCAAACUUAGUUUGGCUCGUUCGAAUUCUGAUGAUUAUAUCCUACCCUAUUUCUUAUCCAAUUGGAAAGAUAUUGGAUUAUGUACUGGGGCAUAACGAGGCACUGUUUAGACGAGCUCAGCUCAAGGCUCUUGUCUCCAUUCACGGCCAGGAGGCUGGCAAAGGUGGUGAACUCACGCAUGACGAGACAACAAUUAUUAGUGGCGCGUUGGAUUUAACAGAGAAGACUGCUGAGGAGGCCAUGACUCCAAUCGAGUCCACAUUUUCCUUGGAUGUCAAUUCAAAGUUAGACUGGGAAGCGAUGGGUAAGAUUCUUGCUCGUGGUCACAGUCGAGUUCCUGUCUAUGCUGGAAAUCCGAGGAACAUUAUCGGACUUUUACUGGUAAAGAGCCUUCUCACAGUUAGAGCCGAAACAGAGACUCCCGUGAGUGCCGUUUCUAUCCGAAGAAUCCCACGUGUCCCUGCAGAUAUGCCACUCUACGACAUACUAAACGAGUUUCAAAAAGGCAGCAGUCAUAUGGCAGCUGUAGUAAAGCCCAAACCGAGAAACAGAAUGCCGCCUCCUAUUGAGGAGAAAUCCGAGGGUACAAACGUAAAUUCAGACAUAACUACACCUUUACUGUCGAAUAAAGAAGACAACGUUGUUAUCGACGUUGACCGGGUCCCACGUUCGUCGGACGUCCAUGAAGACGGUGAAGUUAUCGGUAUUAUCACCUUGGAAGAUGUAUUUGAAGAGCUUUUGCAGGAGGAAAUUGUUGAUGAGACGGAUGAAUUUGUUGAUGUACAUAAAAGGAUACGCGUGGCAGCAGCUGCAGCAGCUUCAUCGGUUGCACGGGCCCCAUCUAGUCGGAGGUUAACUGUCCAGAAAGGAGUUGGAGUCCAAACUAAGCAAGGACUAACUCCCAAGAAAUCGGGUGAGGACGACAUUACUUCUGCAAAGAUUGCGAAGUAAAAGUUGGUGAGCUAUAUAUAAUAACAAACGAUGAACGAAGACUUCCAUUUUUUAUAAUGCUCUAUUGUUUGUUAUAUAAUUUUGGCGAGGAAACGAAGAGCGAUCCUAGUGCAAAUAGUGGAUGGUCCAAACUGGAAUUACGAGUGUCGUAUAAUAUUCGAUUUUGUAACAUUUGUUCGAGAUUUAUUUUUUUUGUUAUAAUACAGACGUGCCUCUUCGUUGAACUUUCGUGAAAUGUUUGUGCUAGUUUGAUC